CUCUCUUACUCCUCUACAUCUCUGUCAGUCACUCACAGACUCCCACCAAGCUCUCUCAGGGCACCAUCUCCAACCAUCGGUGAUCCUCCUCGGGUCUGCGUUUUUGCCAGGUGGACGCAAUCCCCACCACCACACAGCCACCAUUUCAGCCCCGGAGAGCUCCAGGCUGGCAGCACAGCCCCUCCCCAGGCUGAGCAUCGGGCGAAAAACCCUGGUGGCAGCUGCAGUGGGGGUCAUGCUGGUCCUGGUUCUGGUGGUCCUCAUCCCCGUGCUGGUCAGCUCCGUCGGCACGGGCGGCACGGACGACAGCGUGAGCCACUACGAGAUGCUGGGCACCUGCCGGAUGGUGUGCGACCCCUUCCCCAGCACCCCGGGCACAGGAGUACACACGGGCACAGACACGUCAACCACCAGCUUUCUGGUGGACAACGAGGACGAUCCGAGUGACCACAGCAUCGGCCCACCCUUACCCACCUACAGUGCUCAUGGRCCGCAAGGUAAACAGGGACGUCCUGGCAAGCCUGGACCCCCGGGACCCCCCGGAGAGCCAGGUCCACCAGGACCAAGAGGGCCACCGGGAGACAACGCAGACCUUGUCCGGACAGGGAUCCUCGGGGCAGUGAGCACAACCACCUACAACACCACUCCUCGGGUGGCGUUUUACGCAGGACUGCGAAACCCUCAAGAAGGUUACGACGUGCUGCGAUUUGAUGACAUUGUGACAAACAUCGGGGGCAACUACGAAGGUGCAACGGGGAAGUUCACCUGUAAGAUCCCAGGGACGUACUUUUUCAUCUACAACGUGCUGAUGAGAGGAGGAGACGGCACCAGCAUGUGGGCUGACCUGAUCAAAAAUGGUCUGGUCAGGGCCAGCGCCAUCGCCCAAGACCAAGACCAGAGUUAUGACUACGCCAGCAACAGUGUCAUACUUCAUUUGGAUGCAGGCGAUGAGGUUUUUAUUAAACUGGAUGGGGGCAAAGCUCACGGGGGCAACAGCAACAAAUACAGCACCUUCUCAGGGUUCAUCCUCUACGCUGACUGACGACCGGACGGGUCGAGGGCUCAGAGGUGAAAGAUCACAGGCGGCAGACAUUUAACUUUCUGACAUUCUCGCAGUUUGGUUAUUGUUGCCCCACAGCCACUGAUCCACAGUCUGACAGUUUGCAGUGGUCUUUUAAAUCUGCAUUAAAUAAAGUCGUUCUCGCUGUGGAUUUGUASUUAUUGGUUACUUUCUGCCUCUUCUUUCGUUUCUGUCGGUUGUAUUCUGGGUGCCUAUGCUGCUGUUAUUACGGACGUGAGCAACGUGAAAAUGUCAGUCACUGCCAUGUGUCAUCCUGGGUGGGGUAACGUUUGUGCCAACGCAGAGGCCUCACUGUCAUUCCUGAGCUGUCAUGUCAAAUUCAAUCUGGAAAUCCAACAAUCUGGGUGGCAACAGUCUUUAUUGUUUGUGUUUUUUUUUAAUUUAUUUAUUUAUUUAUUAUGUUUUGUUUCUCAUGUUUGUACAAAUCAAAAAAAAAGUUGGGAUGUUGUGAAAAAAAGAUUGCAAGGAUUUGCAAAUCCCAUUAACCGAUAUUUUAUUCAAAAUGAACAUCGUAAACAAACCAGAUGGUAAAAGUAAGAAUUUACACCACUUUUAGUAAAAAACAAUAAAUAAAAAAAAGACAAUCUUAUGACAGAUCAGUAAGAGAAGUAGGUAUAAAAGUUUUAGAGGAACUGAAACUCUCAGAUUUAAAAAUGGGCAGAUGUUCACCAGAUUGAAAAAAAAAUAAACGUGUCUAAAAUUUGCAGAAAAUUUGCAGAAUUGUGUUUCCCCAAUGGAAAAUUAGAAAAAAUUAAUAUUACAUCAUCUACAGUUUAUAAUAUAUCUUCAAAAAAAUUUAAGAAUACAGAAAAAUCUGAGCCCAAAGGACAGAUCUCACUCUAAUGUAGACAUCGAUUCCUGGAGCACCUCCACAAAUUUGCCAUGCUUUCCACAAAUGCUGGUUAAAGCUCUAUCACGCAGUGGAAGAAGCCAUAUACGAAUACCAUCCAGAAACAUCAUCCUCUCUUUUGUUGUGCUAAAGACUAGAGGAACCAUCUCACCUAUUAUCAAUGCUCAGUUUAAAAAAAUACCAUGCCUCUCUGAUGGUAUAGGGGUGCAUUGGUGAAUAUGUCAUGGGCAACUAUCUGGUAAGGCACCAUCAAUGAAAAAUAAGAAGUUUAUACAGGUGUAGAACAAAAAAUGCUCCCAAGCAGAUGGUGUGAUUUUCAGGGGAGACCUUGAAUAUUUCAGCAAGACGAUGCCAAACCACAAACAGCGUCCCGCAUGGUUUUAUUAUGGAGGAGUUUGGGUCCAGACAUGAUCCGCCUAGAGUCCAGACUUACUAAUUGAAAAUAUUGUGUGCAUCAUGUAACAAAAAAAUGACACAAAGACACAGGACUGUUGAACAGUUUUUUUGAGAUUUGCAAAUGAUUGCSUUCUGUUUACAUUUAGCUUACACGACAUCCCGACUUCUUCAGAGUUUGGGGUGGUCUGAUGAGGUAUUUUGCAUCAGUGGAGGAGGGUUAUGCCUUGAGAAAUUACUGAAAUAUUACACAUCAGGGUGAGAUUUCAAUGUUUGAAUGCCAGUGUGUCAUAUCUGCCCAUUAUAGUUGACAUUUUGUAUGUGUAUAAAAUGUAAAUUCAAUAUUGAAUUUUGAUGUCUUAAAGUCAAAGCAGUAUCAGCAUUGCAUAUUCUAUUGUGUUUAAUUAUAAUGUACCUGAUGAUUGAUUGAUUGCUGUAUGAUGUCAUCAUGUAAUGUGCUUAUUUGUAAUUUAUCACUUUGAAUAAUGCAUGCAACAUGAGUUGAAAUGUUCAAAAAAUAAGUAAAUAAUUUAGUUUUGAAAGUUA